AUGGUCACUGCCAGACCGCAUACGAGAGCCUUUGGGAUGGGGGGCUCGCCAGGCAAGAGAACAUGCUCUGCGAGCGUGCAGUGGUCAUACUUUGGGGAAAGCAUACAAGAAGGUGGAAUCCCGCAAUACGCCUUCGGAUGGUAUAUCCGCAGCUGGUUCUUUAGCUCUCAGAUGGGAGUAGCUGGAUUGAUGCUCGCAUCGGUGGCGAAGAACAGUAGGGCACUUGGAUUUCCAGCAGUCGAAUGGAAACAGGCAUUUGCCCUCAAGCUGCAAAUGCAGAUCUUUGUCAAGACUCUGACCGGCAAGACGAUCACCCUCGAGGUGGAGUCUGGCGACACCAUUGACAAUGUCAAGGCCAAGAUCCAGGACAAGGAGGGCAUUCCGCCAGACCAGCAGCGUCUGAUCUUUGCUGGCAAGCAGCUCGAGGACGGCCGCACCCUUAGCGACUACAACAUUCAGAAGGAGAGCACACUGCACUUGGUCCUUCGAGGGACGAGGGCGCGGGUGCACAAACGCAUGCAUUGUCACAAUUCGUUGCUGCCUGCCAUGGUGCUGCUGCUUAAGACCUCGUCUCUUGAUUGA